AUGGCUGGCUGGAUGAGAUUGAAGAACUUUCUGCAUGCCUUUCCUAUCAGGCAAAAUUCCAUGCAAGAUUUGAUUUUUCAGGGUCUACGAGCUGUAACAUCAGCCCCUGCUACCGAUGUAGUGGCUCCAGAAGCUGCUGAUUCGAGUGGUACGGAUAGGCCGAGAAGAAGACGCAAAUCCAAACGGAAAUUACCUCGACGACCCACUGUUGUAAGAAGAGAUGUCAAAAAAAUGCAACCAUUACCUAGGGAAGAAUAUUAUAAAUCACCAAAGCAAAUGAAAACCAACCUGAUAGAAUUUUUAGAGCGCCGUGAUAUGCAUGAAAGAUCCAAGGUUAUUGAUAUCCCUUUUUUUACAACUGGAAGCAUCAUGGCGGUCGUCAAAUCAGAUCCUUACAUAAAACGUGGCUCUACAAGAUUUGUAGGCAUUUGUAUCGCCAAAAAGAAUAACAAGUUAGGCAGUACGUUCCUCCUAAGAAAUAUUAUUGAUGGUCAUGGCAUCGAAAUGAUGUACGAAACGUAUUCGCCGCUCGUACAAAAGAUUGAAGUACUGAAAUUAGAGCGUCGACGACAAUCCAAAUUAUACUAUCUACGUGAUAAAAUGCCAUCAGAAUAUGCAGUCAAGCAAAGCUUUAAACCUGUUAAGUAUAACGAUAACAAGACAGUGCCUGUAUACAAAAGAAAAUAUUAA